AUGCCCGCGCGUGUGGUGUUGCAGAGGAACGCCGGCAGCAGCUCCGACGGCACGGAGGACUCGGAUUUCUCCACCGAUCCCGAGCACACGGACAGCUCCGAAAGCGAUGGCACCUCCCGGCGCUCGGCGCGCGUCACCCGCUCCUCGGCCAGGCUCAGCCAAAGCUCCCAAGAUUCCAGCCCAGUUCGCAAUCCACCAUCAUUUGGAGCAGAAGAGCCUGUUUAUUCCACGAGGAGAGUAACUCGCAGCCAACAGCAGCCCACUCCCGUGACUCCAAAAAAAUACCCGCUCCGACAGACCCGUUCCUCUGGAUCAGAAACUGAGCAAGUGGUUGACUUUUCCGAUAGAGACACUAAAAACACAGCAGAUCACGAUGAGUCUCCACCUCGCACCCCUACGGGAAAUGCCCCUUCCUCCGAGUCCGAUAUUGAUAUCUCCAGUCCAAACGUAUCCCAUGAUGAGAGCAUUGCCAAGGACAUGUCCAUGAAGGAUUCGGGAAGUGACCUGUCUCACCGCCCUAAGCGCCGCCGCUUCCACGAGAGCUACAAUUUCAACAUGAAAUGUCCCACUCCUGGUUGUAACUCUUUAG